AUGGCUCUCAGCAUCUUUGGUGGCCGACGAAGCAACGUCUUCGAUCCGUUUUCUCUUGACAUCUGGGACCCCUUUGAGGGCCUUGGCACUCUGGCCAACAUCCCACCCUCUGCUCGCGAAACGACUGCCAUCGCCAACACUCGCAUUGACUGGAAAGAGACCCCAGAAGCCCACAUCUUCAUAGCUGACCUCCCGGGGCUGAAGAAGGAGGAAGUGAAAGUUGAGGUUGAUGACGGGAAGGUGCUUCAGAUCAGCGGAGAGAGGAGCAGAGAGCAGGAGGAGAAAAACGACAAAUGGCACAGGAUUGAGAGGAGCACCGGCAAGUUUUCGAGGAGGUUCAGGUUGCCGGAGAAUGCGAAAAUUGAUCAGGUCAAGGCUAGCAUGGAGAAUGGGGUUCUCACCGUGACUGUGCCCAAGGAGGAGGAGAAGCGGCCACAGGUCAAGGCCAUUGACAUCUCUGGCUAA